ACAAGGAGAUGAACCAUAUAUAUCACAACAUUGAAAUUUUUCAAGAAAAUCUUGUAUUUUCCAUCAAAUUGGCACCCCUUUUAACUACUUCAUUGCAUACUCAUUAAACCACUCGUGCACAUUUCCUCUCCCCUAAUCGUUUUAGUUGAAUUUGAUGGAUUGUAUAGCGAAAUUGGCUUCACAAAAAGCAGUGGUGAUCUUUAGUAAGAGUACAUGUUGCAUGUGCCAUGCUAUCAAGAGAUUGUUUUAUGAGCAAGGUGUGAGUCCUAUGACCCACGAGCUCGAUCAGGACUCGAGAGGAAAAGAAAUGGAGAUGACACUUAUGAGGCUAGGGUGCAGCCCUGCCGUCCCGGCUGUGUUCAUCGGAGGAAAAUUUGUCGGCUCUGCUGAUACUGUCAUGACUCGUCAUCUUGAUGGCUCACUUAAGAUGUUGCUGAAAGAUGCUGGAGCUAUAUGGCUGUAGUCACAAAUAAUGGAAAACAAUGUUUUGAACUACAUAAAUAAGGCCAACCAAAACGUAGUGUUCGCAAAGUUUUCUUCCUCUUUCCUAUGAACAGUUUUAAUACAUAGUACAUAUGCUAUAUGUAGCUUGUCUACGUAUAUAGAGAGAGCCUGUCUUGUACUCUAAUUUAGUUACAUUGACAAGCAAUUUCAGAACA